AUGAGUCUUAAAGAGUUGAAAGUCAAGGCGUUGAGCCCAGAUUCUCAGCUGAGCGGAAGAUCUCACGAGGAGGAGAGACGGUCAGGGGAAGGGAUCCUGAUCUUGGGGCUGCUCUUGGCUACCCCCAGUUGUCUUGGCUACUAUGAGGACCUGGCCAAGUGCUUUCAGGACCCCGAAUACGAGUCCAUCCUUGUUACGGCCCAGGAGGGGCUCCACACCUCCCCGCUGUCCAAGCGUGUGGUGGUGGUGGGAGCCGGCAUGUCCGGCCUGGCGGCGGCCAAGACCCUCCAGGAUGCUGGCCACCAGGUGACCAUCCUGGAAGCCAGCGACCACAUCGGGGGGAGAGUGUUUACAUUCAGGAACGAGGAGGAGGGCUGGUACUAUGAUCUGGGCCCCAUGCGGAUCCCCAAGUCCCACAGGCUGGUCCACACCUUUGUCAAGAAGCUGGGCCUGAAGCUGAACAAGUUCAUCCAGUACGACGGCAACACCUGGUUUCUCAUCAGAGGACAGCGCCACCGUGCCAGGGAGGUCAAGGCCAACCCACAGCUCCUGGGCUACUCCCUGAACUCCAGGGAGAUGGGCAAGAGUGCCACGAAUCUCUUCUACCAGGCCAUUGCCAAGCUCAAGCAAAGUCUGAAAAACGUCAACUGCAGCCACCUGAUAUCCUUAUAUGAUUCUUACUCCACCAAGGCUUACCUGCUGAAGGAAGGGCAGCUGAGCCAGGGAGCAGUGGACAUGAUUGGGGAUGUGAUGAACGAGGAUGCUGGGUACUACAAGUCCCUCCUGGAGUCCCUGCGGAUGGACAUCAUCUUCUCCAAAAGUGACAGCUUCUCAGAGAUCACCGGCGGCUUUGACCAGCUCCCCCAAGCCCUCAGUGCCAGCCUAAAGCCUGGCACCAUCCGUCUGGGCGCCAAGGUAGAGGUGGUAGACAGGGAUGGGCCUGAGGUCCAGAUUUCCUACCGGAGGGACGAGCCCAACCCAAGCCUGCACACCCUCACCGCGGACUUUGUGGUCAUCUCCGCCUCCGCCAAGGCCACGCGCCUCAUCACCUUCAAGCCUCCGCUCUCCCAGCCCAAGAUGCACGGGCUGCGCUCGGUGCAUUACACCAGCGCUACCAAGGUGGUCCUGGCCUGUAACGAGUCCUUCUGGGAGCGGGAUGGCAUCCAGGGCGGCUUCUCCAUCACCGACCGGCCCUCGCGCUACAUCUACUAUCCCAGCCACCGCGACCCCAGCGGCAAGGGCGUCCUGCUGGCCUCCUACACGGUGGACGACGACUCCCUCUUCUUCCUGUCCAUGAAGCACGAGCAGGUGGUGGACGUAAUCCUGGAGGACCUGGCGGCGGUGCACCAGAUACCCAAGGAGGAGCUGCGAGGCAUGUGUCCGUCCGCGGUGAUCAAGCACUGGGUCCUGGACCCCCACACCAUGGGCGCCUUCGCUGAGUUCACCCCCUAUCAGUUUGCUGACUAUUCCAGGCAGCUCUUCCAGCCAGAGGGCCGUGUCCACUUUGCCGGCGAGCACACCUGCCUGCCUCAUGCCUGGCUAGACACCGCCAUCAAAUCUGGCCUGCGGGCAGCCAUAAGCAUCCAGGCGGCUGUGGACCAGGAGGCUGUGGGGAGACAGAGACCUACACCAACACCCACAAUCCUUUCUAAAGCCCUGGAGCAAAACCCCUGA